AUGCGGCUCUUUCAGUCUUUCUGCCUAAAUAUUACGAGUCUUCAUUUUAAUUGUGCUUCUCUCUUCUUGCGCGUGGUUGGCUACUACGAGUUCUGGAGCUCCCGGCGAGGUUGCAAUACGGUCUGGCCGGAGCAAAUCAAGUUGGGCGUCUACAGUCACAUCAACUUUGCGUUCGCGACCAUCCACCCGAAGACCUACGAGGUACUGCCGGCGAAUGAGUGGGACGUGCCGCUGUAUAAACAUCCUGCAGACCUGAAGCAAUAUGAUCCGAACCUCAAGGUCAUGAUUGUACUGGGAGGCUGGACCUUCAACGACCCUGGUCCCGCAGCGACUCUCUUUUUCGAUCUGGCAGCGUCCGAGGAGAAACAAAAGAAGUUCGUCAAAUCCGUCUCGUUCAUGUCGACCUGUGACUUUGACGGUGUGAAUCUAGACUGGGAGUAUCCUGAGGCUUCAGAUUGGAGUGGAAGACCGGCCGACUAUGAUAACUUCCCCAGGUUCACGGUGAACUUGAAAAGUAGCCUGGACAAAACGCCUGGACGAAGCAAGCUGUCAAUCACUCUGCCUGCAUUGUAUUAG